UUUGACUUUAAAUUUAAAAUAGUUUGCAUCAAGAAAAUGUGUCCCGGUUAAAAAUAUGUAAAGAGCAAUGCAUGUACCGUACGUAAUGUAUGAUAAGAAAGUUGAUACGUUUAAUCCAGAUUUUUAAUAAGGCUGAAAGUGGUCAACUUGAAGAUGAUAAUGUUAGAGAAGUAAAAGUUGGCUAAGAAUUAAAAAAUGUAAUUUUGUUAAUACAUUAGUAUUACACGCACGAGUUUUAUAAUACUACUCCAUGUUUCUUGUUUAUACGCAAUUAUUAUAGCUGCAUACUUUAUUAAAGGCAAAUCCUUUAGUACCUUUUCCUCUUCUUUUCGUCUUCUUGGAUUGGAUCUUGUACUUGGUUCGAUUUCAGCUCAAGAACACGGAAGCUUUGCAUCACUCACUGAGAAAUUCAUUUGUUUCACUUUUUAAUCUUGAAAUUAGUUUGAUACUCAUGUCUUCUGCUGUUCAAGUCUGUUUCUUCUCUGAUUUAGUUUCGAGUUUGGAUCUGAAGCAGUUUCAAAGCUGACACACUGUCUUAUUGCUUGCACAAGAUUUUCAAAAUGGAUUGCUCGAUCAAGGAUGAUGUGACACAAUUGAUAGGUAACACCCCAAUGGUGUAUCUGAACAAUAUUGUGGAUGGCUGUGUUGCCCGUAUCGCAGCUAAGCUUGAGAUGAUGGAGCCUUGCUCUAGUGUCAAGGAGCGAAUUGCUUAUGGUAUGAUUAAAGAUGCAGAAGACAAGGGACUGAUUACUCCCGGGAAGAGCACAUUGAUUGAGCCUACUUCUGGUAACACCGGGAUUGGUUUAGCCUUUGUUGGGGCAGCAAGAGGUUACAAAGUUGUGCUUACAAUGCCUGAAACAAUGAGCCUUGAGAGAAAGAUCAUUCUAUUAGCAUUAGGUGCAGAGGUCCACCUCACAGACACGACGAAAGGCGUGAAAGGAUUACUCGACAAAGCCGAAGAGAUAUUAAGCAAAACUCCAGAUGGUAUCAUAUUACAUCAAUUCAAGAAUCCUUCAAACCCUCAAACUCAUUAUCGAACCACGGGUCCAGAGAUAUGGAGGGACUCUGCAGGGGAAGUAGAUAUAUUGGUCGCUGGUGUUGGGACUGGUGGAACGAUUUCCGGAUCAGGAAAGUUCCUCAAGGAGAUGAAUAAAGACUUUAAGGUUUACGGGGUGGAACCUUCAGAAAGUCCGGUACUGAGUGGAGGUGAACCGGGUAUGCAUUUGAUCCAAGGUAUUGGGGCUGGUAUUGUACCAGACAAUUUGGAUUUCAGCGUUCUUGAUGAAGUCAUUCAGGUGACAAGUGUGGAAGCAAUUGAAACAGCCAAACUUAUCGCACUGAAAGAAGGAUUGCUGGUGGGAAUAUCUUCCGGAGCCGCUGCAGCCGCUGCAAUAAAGGUAGCGAAGCGGCCAGAGAACGCUGGGAAACUCAUAGUGGUGGUUUUCCCAAGCGGUGGGGAGCGUUACUUAUCGACUGACUUGUUCGAGUCGGCCAGGCGUGAAGCAGAGAAUUUGUCAAUUGAAUGAAUGCUUUUUACAGUCUCAUUCAUUGUAACAAGUGGUUCAUUUUCGUAACCAAGAUUUCGGUUUUUGGAUUCAAGUGGCAAGUGUGUGGUUGGAUGUUUUCUAAAAUUUGUUUGGUUCAGAAAAGAAUUCGGUCCAGUUUAAAUCUCUCGUUAUUGCUCAAUUAAACUUCAGUUUUGGAGAAAUGUGUGUUAAUUUAUAUACAGCCAUAAAUAAAAUCUCGAAAUUUCAAGAGACUAUUGCUCACUUA